AUGCUUGUCGCCCUCGCCGUGCUGGUUUUGCUGUCGGCCGCCGCAAGCCCCAAUCCUCAUGGCGAGACGCCAGCAGAGCUGGAGGUGGCCAGGGAGAGGCCCGGGCUGCAGAAUCUCGAGCUUGGGAUUCUGCGGCAGCUCCUCUUUGAGCUUUUGGCAGUGAAGCAGCUCCGUCCACCUGACGGCAAUGAAAACAUCAGUUUCCAGGAGAUUGCCUCGAAGCUGUGGAAGGGGCUGCUUAGAAUGCAAGACCGGUUGUGGCAGUUGGCCAUCGACACCAACAUAAUGCCGGAGUCGGUGCAGGACACGGGCGAGCUUGCAGGCCCACAUGGAAUGUUGGCCUGGGAAUUUUUCGGCCUGCGGCAGCGGGUGAUCGACUACCUGGGAUCCAGGGCCGAAAACGAAAGAUCUGCCCAGGCGGCGAGGAUCGGAGAGCAUUGGGAAGCGGUACGGGAGCUGGCGACAGCGCUGACCGCCAAGGCUUCCGUCGAUGGUCGGGCAGACCUGCGCGAUCUCGCAGCGCUGCGAGCUUUGGACGACGUGGGGCUGCGUGAGCUGAUUGCGCUGAUGCCGGCGCUGGCUGCUGGAUCCAACCACACCCUCUGCUCCAAAGUGAGCAGUGACUUGCGAUGGAUACUGAAGCUGCUCCCUCCUGGAGAUCGUUUUGCAGUUGCGCUGGGGCACUAUGCCCUCUUCUGGAUCCAGUGGGCCAAUUACAGGCCCAAGCAUGCAGCAGCACACUACCCAGGCACCUCCUCGAUCACGCAAGCCUGGUGGCUGUCACAACAAGCCCAGUUUGUGGGUGUACGGCAAAUCUGUGAAGUCGGUUUCAACGCUGGCCACUCUGCUUGGGCCUUCCUGUCCAGCUCACGCCAGGCUCACAUGGUGUCCUUUGACCUGGUGGCCACGUCCUACACCCGCGCAUGCCAUCGCGUGAUCCGGGGCGCCUUCCCCGGGAGGCACCGCUUGGUGGAAGGACCCUCAAAUCUUACGAUCCCCCGCUUCGUGAUGGAGAACCUGAAUCACAGGUGUGACUUGAUCUACAUCGAUGGAGGGCACGACGAGGAGGAAGCGGCGUCGGACCUUCUUCACAUGUCCAUGCUCGCCCGAGCCGGCACGGUCCUGGUGAUGGAUGACGUCGGCUGCACGGACGAUUUCUGUGAUGGCCCCAUGCGUGCCUGGCAGAGCUUUGUCCAGGCUGGUAGGCUCGAGAAGUUGGCCUGCCAUGCGGAGUUGGCCCGGAAGUGGUGCUACGGCCGGUACUUGCAGUAG